AUGGAUUUCCGACAGGGUGCUUCGGAUUCGGAUAACCCACAACCGGCGGGACAGUCGGCGACGCGACCAAUAGUUGACCCAGGACCGGAGCCAGGAUUACGGGACGUACUAGGCUCUCUCUGGCUACAGGCUCUGCGAAACUAUAAGGCCAAGACCGGUGUUGACCCGUUGGAGGAUCGUCUUCUCAAGGAUCUGGCUGGUCGGAACGACGUGAAAGGCAUUCUUGAAGUCUUUGACAGGCGGAUGCGUGAUUUCAAAGAGUUUCGUGCCAGUGACACCAAAUGGGGGAAGCUACGGGACAAGUACCUGAUACCAGCCGUGCACACAGUUCUGACUCUCACCGACGCGCUAGCUGAGGUGGCAUCCUUCUUUCCUGUCGUACCCGGUGGGAAGGCAAUCUUUGUGGCAUUUGGCGCCCUCCUUGCAGCCACGGAGGGUGUUUCAAAUCGUUACGACGCUCUCUUGGAACUGUUUGAGGAGGUGCCCUUCUUUCUCGAAGGCGUCGAUGUCCGCGCUUCCGAACCCCAAAACUGGGGCACUCCGACAAGAAGUGUCGCCAUAGCGAUUCUUGUGCAGCUUCUUGAUAUAUUCUCUCUUGCUAUUCAAACGACGUCUGGUCCAUGGCGGCGCCUCGUUCAAUAUCGAAAGAGCCUUGUAGGAUCAACGGAUAUGCAGAAAGCGCUAGCACACAUGAAGGGUCUUACAGUAUUAGAGACGCGGGCUAUGGCAUCUGAGACUCGUGUGAUUGUCGCCAACGUUCAGAGAGAGAUACAAGAUCUCCUUUCCGCAAACGACGCGUAUGCGAUCUUACUCAAAGACGUCGUUGGCAAACUCGAAGACGCGAACCAUCAAGUGGCGGAUGAAUAUGGCCAAAUACGUGCCGGGCGAAUAAGAGAACAGCAAGAGCUUGAGCAGAUUCGGCGGUCACAAGCCGAGGCUGCGGAAGAAGCUACCUUGGCUCGAUUACAACGUCUCGAUGUGGCCGAUCUUACUUCGCAAGCUCGAUCUGGCUGUCUGGAAGGUACCCGCCUUACUGUCCUUUCGGACCUAGAUGCUUGGAGCCGUGAGCCAGACGCACCGCGUGUCUACUGGGUCAAUGGCAUGGCUGGGACAGGGAAGUCCGCUAUUGCCCGGACGUUUGGCCGCAGGCUGUAUGACGCCAAGAUGCUCGGCGGCAGUUUCUUCUGCUCGCGCGAGAGUAACGUCGAGCAACAGAACGCAAAACGAAUCAUACCAACUCUGGCAGCUGCAUUAGCUGGACGCUACAUGAAAUAUAGAAGUGCUCUUGUGAAGUCACUCAUGGCUUCCGCGGCCGAGCCGUCUCCUGGCUUCUGGGGAGUUGCGGAACAAAUUCAACGCCUAUUAGUUGAGCCAUUUGCCUGCUUCGUCGAUGACGAGUAUCCGUGUUUUGUUCUGGUCGUGGAUGCGCUUGAUGAGACGGAGAGUGGCACAGCUCAAGAACUGGUUCAGUUAUUGGUCGACAAUUCGAAACGACUGCCACUGAAGUUCUUCCUAACUUCGCGCCCGGAGAUACACCUGCGCAGGCAUCUCGACUCCUUGGAUGCCAGUCUACGGCUGCAUGACAUUGCAAAGGAGACGGUCACGAGUGAUAUAAAUCUCUAUGUUUCUUGUCGAAUGCAUGAUAUACGCGGACGAUUCGAGAGUGUGAAGAUUGACUUGCCCACUGGAUGGCCUUCUUCCAGCGAUGUCCGCAUGCUCGCAGACCUUUCCGACCGCCUAUUCAUCCAUGCUUUCACUACGACCGAAUAUAUCGGUGGAGGAGAUCCUCUCCCCAAGAUCCAACCCCCUGAAGGAUCUGGAUCGAAUUUAUGA